AUCAUUUCUAGAAUGAAAAUAAUUAAGACUUUUAUCUCCAUUCGAAUAUAAUAGAGAGGUCUAACCACAUGGAAUGGAGAAAAAUCUGAAUUUUAGACUCAAAACUACAUUGUUUCUAUUACCACAAAUUGUGCUGCAUCUUCUCUUUCUUCAAAAAAUUUUGAACAGCAAUUUUACACUAAGUGUUACAAGGAAAGGCUAUCAGUAACAACUGACCUGCCACAAAGUUAGAAGAAAGGAUUGAUUCAAGAAAUGAUGAAGUUACUCUGCCAUGUAUUGGGAUGGAUUCCAAAGACUAUAAUAUGGAUUUAGAGCUCGACGAGUAUUAUAACAAGACACUUGCCACAGAGAAUAAUACUGCUGCCACUCGGAAUUCUGAUUUCCCAGUCUGGGAUGACUAUAAAAGCAGUGUAGAUGACUUACAGUAUUUUCUGAUUGGGCUCUAUACAUUUGUAAGUCUUCUUGGCUUUAUGGGGAAUCUACUUAUUUUAAUGGCUCUCAUGAAAAAGCGUAAUCAGAAGACUACGGUAAACUUCCUCAUAGGCAAUCUGGCCUUUUCUGAUAUCUUGGUUGUGCUGUUUUGCUCACCUUUCACACUGACGUCUGUCUUGCUGGAUCAGUGGAUGUUUGGCAAAGUCAUGUGCCAUAUUAUGCCUUUUCUUCAAUGUGUGUCAGUUUUGGUUUCAACUUUAAUUUUAAUAUCAAUUGCCAUUGUCAGGUAUCAUAUGAUAAAACAUCCCAUAUCUAAUAAUUUAACAGCAAACCAUGGCUACUUUCUGAUAGCUACUGUCUGGACACUAGGUUUUGCCAUCUGUUCUCCCCUUCCAGUGUUUCACAGUCUUGUGGAACUUCAAGAAACAUUUGGUUCAGCAUUGCUGAGCAGCAGGUAUUUAUGUGUUGAGUCAUGGCCAUCUGAUUCAUACAGAAUUGCCUUUACUAUCUCUUUAUUGCUAGUUCAGUAUAUUCUGCCCUUAGUUUGUCUUACUGUAAGUCAUACAAGUGUCUGCAGAAGUAUAAGCUGUGGAUUGUCCAACAAAGAAAACAGACUUGAAGAAAAUGAGAUGAUCAACUUAACUCUUCAUCCAUCCAAAAAGAGUGGGCCUCAGGUGAAACUCUCUGGCAGCCAUAAAUGGAGUUAUUCAUUCAUCAAAAAACACAGAAGAAGAUAUAGCAAGAAGACAGCAUGUGUGUUACCUGCUCCAGAAAGACCUUCUCAAGAGAACCACUCCAGAAUACUUCCAGAAAACUUUGGCUCUGUAAGAAGUCAGCUCUCUUCAUCCAGCAAGUUCAUACCAGGGGUCCCCACUUGCUUUGAGAUAAAACCUGAAGAAAAUUCAGAUGUUCAUGAAUUGAGAGUAAAACGUUCUGUUACAAGAAUAAAAAAGAGAUCUCGAAGUGUUUUCUACAGACUGACCAUACUGAUAUUAGUAUUUGCUGUUAGUUGGAUGCCACUACACCUUUUCCAUGUGGUAACUGAUUUUAAUGACAAUCUUAUUUCAAAUAGGCAUUUCAAGUUGGUGUAUUGCAUUUGUCAUUUGUUGGGCAUGAUGUCCUGUUGUCUUAAUCCAAUUCUAUAUGGAUUUCUUAAUAAUGGGAUUAAAGCUGAUUUAGUGUCCCUUAUACACUGUCUUCAUAUGUAAUAAUUCUCACUGUUUACCAAGGAAAGAACAAAUGCUGGGGUCAUAUAAAAUAUAUUUAUGAUAACUAUUUACAUAUAAUAAAUAGAAAUUUUGUUAACAUGGAAUUUAAUUUAUGUGAAAGAGUUCUGGAUUCAAAUGUCAGUUCAUAAUAUAUGGAAGAUAAUUUUAUGUGUUACAGUAGGAUUAAUUUAUUUAGUUGUGCAGUCAGUGUCAAUCCAAUCUGUAAUUUCACUUUAGAAAGUUGUAUUACCUUCCACUUCCAUGUUGUCUUAUAAACAAAUGAAUUGUAUUUUUUGUUGAAAGUAAAAGUUAUAUCUAACCAACUCAGUACUUUUGUCCAAAAAUAUAAUAAGAAAAAAUUUUUCUCAAGGAACUUUUAAUUUCAAACUUGAAGAAUAUCUACCAGCUAUCUAUAUUCAUUUCUACUCCAUAGGCUUCUUAAUGUUUAGUUUGUGAAGUACAGAAAAAAUUUAAUAUGCCUGGAAAAUCACAACUAAAUGACAGAUGUAUGCCCAAAUUAUGAUUAUAAUCUUCAACAUUAAGUACAGUUUUGGAAGUCCUGUAGGAAAAUGCUAUUGCCUAUUGAGAAUUGGUCAAAUUGUCAAUUUAACUCCACUGUCCUAGUAAUACACAAGUAAUUUACCAAAUAAAGAAUUUUAAAUCCU